AUUAAUAAUAAUUGAUAGGUUAAUUCGAUUGAUCUUGUUCAUGUUAGCCAAAUCGUGGCCUCGUGGGCUGAAUCUCAACAUAUACAGUCUUCAAACAAAAUCUAGGUUUCGUCUAUAAAUACCAUGAUAUACUAAAAUUGAUCAAAGAAUCAAAGAAGAAAGCUUAUGAGCAUGAAAUCCCAAUUCCACCCUUGUCUUCUUCUCCUUCUUCUUCUUGCGCAGACUGUUUCAACAUCUCCACCCAAAAUCCCAAGACUCUCUACAUUCAACAGAGACGCAUUGUUGAGUGAUGCGACAUCAGCAGCAACUUCUUCUUCUUCAAAGCUGGAUUUGAUGAAGACAUAUUAUUACCGACAAACAAUCGAUCACUUCAACUACGCACCUCAGAGCUAUGCAACCUUCAGACAAAGAUACGUCGUAAGCUCCAAAUAUUGGGGCGGCCCUCAUUCCGACGCCCCCAUUUUCGCCUAUCUUGGACCAGAGGCACCUCUCGAUCAAGACUUGCUCUCCAUCACCUUUCUCUCUCAUAACGCUCCCCGCUUCAAAUCUCUCUCUCUCUACAUUGAGCAUCGAUAUUAUGGGAAAUCGGUCCCGUUUGGAACGAUGGAGGAGGCCAUGAAGAAUGAAACGACACGUGGAUAUUUCAACUCGGCUCAAGCCAUAGCUGAUUAUGCAGAGAUAUUGCUACACGUGAAGAAAAAAUUCUCUGCGCAUAAUUCUCCGAUUAUUGUAGUUGGAGGGUCGUAUGGAGGAAAGCUAGCUUCGUGGUUUAGACUCAAAUAUCCACACAUCGCUGUGGGUGCUCUAGCUUCAUCAGCCCCUAUUCUUUACUUUGACAACAUCACUCCACAAAAUGGAUAUUAUUCCAUUGUAACCAAGGACUUCAAGGAGGUUAGCCUGAAGUGUUACGAAAUUAUUAAAAAAUCAUGGGCUGAAAUCGAUAGAAUAGCCUUAGAAGAUGGAGGCCUAUCCACUCUUUCACAAAGAUUCAAGACAUGCUCGAAAUUGAAGUAUUCAUGGGAGUUAAAGAACUUCUUGUACAGCAUGUACUCGUCGGCAGCACAAUACAACGCGCCGCCAAAAUAUCCGGUGACGGAGGUGUGCAGAGGGGUCGACGGAGCUCCGGAGAGAAGCGACGUCAUCGGCCGGAUUUUCGCCGGCAUGGCGUCUUAUUAUGGGAAAAGAAGUUGUUACAAUAUGACUUCCCAACCCUCGGAAACUAGCGUGGGUUGGAGAUGGCAAACAUGCAGUGAAAUAGUGAUGCCUAUCGGGAUAGAGGGAAACGACACAAUGUUUGAAGCAUCACCUUUUGAUUUAAAUCAAUAUGUCAAAGACUGUAUACAAUUGUAUGGUGUGCCACCUCGACCUCAUUGGGUUACAACUUAUUAUGGGGGCCAUGAUAUUAAACUGGUUCUAAAGCGGUUUGGAAGCAACAUUAUUUUCUCAAAUGGCCUAAGAGAUCCAUAUAGUAGCGGAGGGGUGCUAGAAGACUUAUCUGAAAGUAUUCUUGCAGUGACUACGCGUAAUGGUUCACAUUGUUUGGACAUAGUAGGAGGAGCAGAUACUGAUCCAGAAUGGCUGAUGAUGCAAAGAAAAACAGAAGUUAAGAUCAUUGAAGGAUGGCUUAAAAUAUAUUAUGCUGAUCUUCAUGCUUUGAAGAAAUAAGACAUAUAUUUGUUCUGAAAAUUAACGAUAUAUCUACAAGUGCUUAAUUAAA